GCACAGAAUCUCACUGUUCUGGUUAAUCAUGAAACUCCAUUUGCUCACUGUUCUGCUCUCGCUUGUUCUACUUUCUGUCAAUGCCAAGCCAUCAAAGGAGAAAGACUUCCAAUUUUCUGAUGGAAACUUGGGUACUCCGAUGGAAAAAUAUUUUGAACAAAUGGGAUUCGAGCAAAAAGAGAGAAAUGAGCAAAUUAUAAAUAAACCAUCGAGUGAAGAUGAAUCAUCAACAGCAACCAUUCCAAACACUGACCAUCAUCAAUUAACUUGGAUUCCAAAUGAUGCAUACCUUUUCAUUGGUAAAACUCGGUACUACUUCAGAGAAAACUGGAUUAAGCUUCCACCAAUCGGAAUGAAAGUUACUGAAGUUGAUUCAAUUGUUCAAAUGCCAGAAAUGAACCAUCAAGAAGUUGAAGAAUUGAGAAGAGAAACCGAGAAAAAAGAAGGAUAUGUGGAUCCCAAAGAGUUUGAAAAGAUCCAUGAUACCAUCAAAUUUUCGUUCACCAUGGACACAUUCACUUACUAUUUCCAUAAGUACUACACGGAAAUCCUCCUUGUUACAGCCGUGAUUGUAAUCAUCUGCAUUGCUGUUGGAUUGCAUCAUUAUAAGAAGAAAGUUGAAGAAAAGGAUCAACUUCAUUUUGCAUAAAUUCGUUUAUUGAUAAAUUUGAAAAUUGUAAUUGAAUAAAAAUAAAUAAAAUGUC